AUGGAGCGCCUCACAAACCUCGGAUACAUGUGGCUGGCCCACUGCUCCCCCGCACACCCCAUUCACUGGCCCACUGCUCCCCCGCACACCCCAUUCACUGGCCCACUGCUCCCCCGCACACCCCAUUCACUGGCCCACUGCUCCCCCGCACACCCCAUUCACUGGCCCACUGCUCCCCCGCACACCCCAUUCACUGGCCCACUGCUCCCCCGCACACCCCAUUCACUGGCCCACUGCUCCCCCGCACACCCCAUUCACUGGCCCACUGCUCCCCCGCACACCCCAUUCACUGGCCCACUGCUCCCUCGCACACCCCAUUCACUGGCCCACUGCUCCCCCGCACACCCCAUUCACUGGCCCACUGCUCCCUCGCACACCCCAUUCACUGGCCCACUGCUCCCCCGCACACCCCAUUCACUGGUCCACUGCUCCCCCGCACACCCCAUUCACUGGCCCACUUCUCCCCCGCACACCCCAUUCACUGGCCCACUGCUCCCCCGCACACCCCAUUCACUGGCCCACUGCUCCCCCGCGCACCCCAUUCACUGGCCCACUGCUCCCCCGCACACCCCAUUCACUGGCCCACUGCUCCCCCGCACACCCCAUUCACUGGCCCACUGCUCCCCCGCACACCCCAUUCACUGGCCCACUGCUCCCCCGCACACCCCAUUCACUGGCCCACUGCUCCCCCGCACACCCCAUUCACUGGCCCACUGCUCCCCCGCACACCCCAUUCACCAUGCCACUGCUUUUUACACCAUACCUUUACCGAUAUCUCCUGCCGCCUCAUGCCCAUCACAUGUGCGCAUGCCCAUCACAUGUGCGCAUGCCCAUCACAUGUGCGCAUGCCCAUCACAUGUGCGCAUGCCCAUCACAUGUGCGCAUGCCCAUCACAUGUGCGCAUGCCCAUCACAUGUGCGCAUGCCCAUCACAUGUGCGCAUGCCCAUCACAUGUGCGCAUGCCCAUCACAUGUGCGCAUGCCCAUCACAUGUGCGCAUGCCCAUCAAAUGUGCGCAUGCCCAUCACAUGUGCGCAUGCCCAUCACAUGUGCGCAUGCCCAUCACAUGUGCGCAUGCCCAUCACAUGUGCGCAUGCCCAUCACAUGUGCGCAUGCCCAUCACAUGUGCGCAUGCCCAUCACAUGUGCGCAUGCCCAUCACAUGUGCGCAUGCCUGUCACAUGUGCACAUGCCCAUCACAUGUGCGCAUGCCCAUCACAUGUGCACAUGCCUGUCACAUGUGCACAUGCCCAUCACAUGUGCGCUUGCCUGUCACAUGUGCACAUGCCCAUUACAUGUGCGCAUGCCCAUCACAUGUGCGCAUGCCCAUCACAUGUGCACAUGCCCAUCACAUGUGCACAUGCCCAUCACAUGUGCGCAUGCCCAUCACAUGUGCGCAUGCCUGUCACAUGUGCACAUGCCCAUCACAUGUGCGCAUGCCUGUCACAUGUGCGCAUGCCCAUCACAUGUGCACAUGCCCAUCACAUGUGCGCAUGCCCAUCACCUGUGCGCAUGCCCAUCACAUGUGCACAUGCCCAUCACAUGUGCACAUGCCAAUUACAUGUGCACAUGCCCAUCACAUGUGCGCAUGCCCAUCACAUGUGCGCAUGCCCAUCACAUGUGCGCAUGCCCAUCACAUGUGCGCAUGCCCAUCACAUGUGCGCAUGCCCAUCACAUGUGCGCAUGCCCAUCACAUGUGCGCAUGCCCAUCACAUGUGCACAUGCCCAUCACAUGUGCGCAUGCCCAUCACAUGUGCGCAUGCCCAUCACAUGUGCGCAUGCCCAUCACAUGUGCGCAUGCCCAUCACAUGUGCGCAUGCCCAUCACAUGUGCGCAUGCCCAUCACAUGUGCGCAUGCCCAUCACAUGUGCGCAUGCCCAUCACAUGUGCGCAUGCCCAUCACAUGUGCGCAUGCCCAUCACAUGUGCACAUGCCUGUCACAUGUGCACAUGCCCAUCACAUGUGCGCAUGCCCAUCACAUGUGCGCAUGCCCAUCACAUGUGCACAUGCCUGUCACAUGUGCACAUGCCCAUCACAUGUGCACAUGCCCAUCACAUGUGCGCAUGCCCAUCACCUGUGCGCAUGCCCAUCACAUGUGCGCAUGCCCAUCACAUGUGCGCAUGCCUGUCACAUGUGCACAUGCCCGCCCAUCACAUGUGCACAUGCCCAUCACAUGUGCGCAUGCCCAUCACAUGUGCGCAUGCCCAUCACAUGUGCGCAUGCCCAUCACAUGUGCGCAUGCCCAUCACAUGUGCGCAUGCCCAUCACAUGUGCGCAUGCCCAUCACCUGCACCAUUUCCGAGUCCAUUGGCUGCCUUACCAAGCUCAGCGAGCUGUGA